UUUGGCAUAAUUAAAACUUUAUUACCAAAAAGAGCUCAUAGUCACAUUCUUACAACUACUACAACAAACUCUACUCUUUCAUCCCUCCACAUAUUUAUUCCUACCCAACGAAUGUUGGAAAGGGUAAAGAACUUCUCCUAUAUACAUAUGUAGAGAUUAAGAAUAGAGAAUCAACAAGAUGGAUUUCUUCAUAUAACUAGUUUCUCGCCACGUGUUUCCAUCUUCAACCAUAAUCGGAAAGUGUUCUCUUCACGCCACAUCAUAACUGAAAAGGAUUCCGAACCAUUCCUCAUCGAUCAAAAUGUGUCGAUUCCCUCUCAAAACGACAAGAAAAAGACCAUUUCUGUGGUCGAUGAAAUCGCUUCAUUUCAUAUCGAUCCGAUACUCAAUGCCUGUCUCAUUCCUUUAAAACAAUCGUAUUAUUCCACUUGCAGGAUUAUUUCGCAUGUCCUCAGCAUGAAAACUUUACAGUUCAGAGUGCUUGUCCUUCUUCUAUGCACUGUAGUAACGAGACAUGGUAUCCAAGCAGCAUGUUCUUCUUCAACUAUGACUCAAAUAGAAAACUUAUUUGUUCAAAACUUCACUCAAAAUUUGGCUCUGGCUCCUCUGUGUCUGCGAGGAGCCUUCCAUGACUGUUGGAACGGCUGUAAUGGGGCCUUGUUGUUGCCUGACGAAAUAGACAGGAGUGAAAAUGUUGGAUUAGCUCCGCUUCAGACAUUUCUAAACCCUUUUCUCAGCCAAUUCACUUGUGUAAGCGUCGCUGACUUGAUAAACUCCUGCGCAGUGACAGCAGUCAAGUUCCUCGGAGGACCAGAAGUGCCCGUAUUCUUUGGUAGAAUUGAUACUGGCGUUCCAGAUCCUAAUGGUCUUAUUCCUGCUCCAACAUUAUCUGUACAGGAACUCAUAUCAGCCUUCGAACCUAUCGGGUUCAAUUCUAGUGAAAUUGUGGUUCUUUCUGGAGCACAUUGUGUCGGUGUCUGUGAAGGUCAACCGUUCUGCCCAGGUCAAAAUACUACUUUUGGAAACCACUACUACGUCCAAUUACUCAAUGGAGAACUCGAAGGAAAACUACAAACUGAUAUCGAUCUUCUCCAAGAUAACUCCAUGCGCAGUCUGGUCCAACAAUAUGCCAAUGACCAGCAGCAAUUUUUUGAUGAUUUUGCUACCGUUUUUGGAAAAUAUAUUUCUCGUAUUGAAUGUAACCAGUCCUCCAAUGGACCUUGCCCUCUUGAAAGUAGUACAACCUCAGCCAGUUCCAGUAGUUCGUCCUCAAACCAAGGAGUUCCUAUAAGUUCCUCUUCGAUUUCUCCUGGUCAGCCUAUUGAGACAUCAACUGUUUCUUCUGCCACUAAUACCUUUGGUUCUCCGGCCCUUCCUUCCAUUAGUGGCAGUAGUGGUAUACCCGUUGAGACUCUCCCGUUGGAACCUCCAACUUCGGUACCGAUUCAACAGCCACUAGACUCUAACCCUGCUUUUCUAUUCCCAGGUCCCUAGGUUAUUCCUAAAAGUAGCAUAGACAAGUGUAUCUUCUACUAUUCCAAAGAGAAUAGGAAGCUCCACUGUCAGAUCAUGUAAUAAACAUCUCAACAACAAUUUUCCUCUAUUUUCCUUGCAUGCC